AUGAUCCUUCACCGCGUGCUCCUCUUCACUACAACGGCCCUCCUCGCCACCGCCGCUGCUACCAACGCAACCGACCUCGCAGCACUUGCGCAGUUCCAAGCAAGCCUCCCCAAGUGCGCCGUCAAGUGCCUCGCCGUCGGCGCAAAAGAGCACGGGUGUGAAACCACAGACGUCGAAUGCCAGUGCAGCCAGCUCGAGUCCAUCAUCAAGACCACGUCGCCAUGUCUCGUCAAGGCCGGUUGCGAUCUUGACGAAAUUUCCGACACGGCCAACCUCGUUGCCAAACUAUGUGCCUCCCAAAUCGCGAACCUCGUCGCCACCCAGACCACCGCGGCCGCCAAGGCAACAGCAUCAACCGCUGCGGCAAAUAUUCUACCCCAGGACCUAGCCUGGGCUGGAACAGCAGCUGUAUUGGCAGUUGUGGCCGCUGCACUAUAG